AUGGGUGAAGCUCUGGGCUCUUUGCAGACUUUUUACAAGCUGCAAAGCUGUCUUGGGAGGGGCAGGAUUGCUAUUCAUCCAGUCUGUGAUGGGGCCUUUCUUCCCAACCUCCUCCUCAAGGGAAACUCAGAGGCCACCUUACCUGACAAAGGUCUUGGGGACAAACCUGAAAACAUUGAAUUGGGGUCUUUUUGUGCCUUGGGGUGGAACUGUUUUGCUAACAGCUCAGGAAUCCUGCUCGAGUUGAGCUCGGCUGGCUCUCAGGGCAGGGGUGCCUGGCGUUCUCAGCAUUUCUCAGGGCCGCCCACCUCCCUGAAUUGCAGUGUUAGCUAA